UUGGCGUAAGGUCGCGGCGGUUUUUCUUACUUCCUCGGGAAAAAGAAGGAAGGCAGUCUCAGCUUUCGGUCUCAAGUUUUCAACUUUACAUCUCAAUCUGGGAGAUAGCAGGAGUGGCGGCGUGGGUUUUUCUCAGAGUGAAUUUGGAUAUUGGAUUCAAUCUAACGCUCCAGUCAAUUAUAUGGCGAGACAAACUGGUAACCUUUUUCUUGAAGAAUGGCUGAGAAGCAAUUGUGGCAGUGACAGUUACACCACCUCCAUUCCCUCCUCUUCUUUUCCUUCUUUGUCAUCAUCUGCCCGAUCCAUCAUUCAAGCAUGGGCUGAUCUUAGAGACUCACUUCAGCACCAAUCAUUUAAUCAUCAUCACCUCCAAGCUUUGAAGACCCUUCUUAACUCUCAGACAUCCCUUCAUGUGGCUGACCCACAAGCCAAGCUUCUUCUUUCCAUUGUAUCUUCUCAAAGCCUCAUUCUUCCUCAAGAAUCUUACCCUCUCUUGUUCAGGCUUCUUUACAUCUGGGUCAGGAAAUCCUUCAGACCGUUGUCAACGCUCAUUGUUUCUGUUAUUGAUGUUCUCUCGCACUUCUUUGCCACAGAGUUCAGCUCAAAGAAGAGCUCUGAGUUAUUUUCCGAGGGUAUUCUUCUUCUAGGGGCCUUUUCCUGUGUGCCUAUUGUUCCUGAGAAAACCAAAAUUGUCUGCUUGGAGUUGCUUUGUAAGUUGUUGGAAGAAGAGUACCAGCUGGUGACUUCAUCUUUAGGUCACAUGCCAGAAGUUCUUGCUGGAAUUGGUUAUGCUUUAUCUUCUUCUGUUACUGUUUACUAUGGCAGGAUUAUGGAUUCUUUACUUGGAAUGUGGGAAAAGAAAGAUGGGCCUCGAGGUAGUGUAUCUCAAGGGCUCAUGAUACUGCACAUGGUUGAAUGGGUUCUGUCUGGUUUUAUUCAAUCACGUUCUCUAGAUAAAAUUAAAGCAUUUGACCAAGAAGCUUUGAAGACUUGGAAGGGAAGUUAUGCACCCUUUGCACUUGUCAUGGUCGGAGGUGGUGUGCUGAGGGCUUCCAGCAGACCUGCACCAAAUUCUCAAGGAUUAGAGAUGAUUUCUCAGCUAAGGACACAUGCAGAAAAUCAUAUAGAAUCAUUGGCGCUAGAGUUGUUCUCUACAACUGGAGGACUUUCUAGUUCUGAUUAUGAUUUCUCUACCAGCCUUCUGCUACAGUGUAUUGCAUUAGCGUUGGCUAGAUGUGGCUUCAUCUCUUCUAGUGCACCUCUAUUUAUGUGCCUUGCUUUAGCCUUGUUAUCCGAAAUUUUUCCCUUACCCCGUCUAUACACAAAGGCUCUUGAAUUCCCAGAGAGUAGGUCAGCUGGAAUGAGGUGCAGUGAGGUUAAUGAACAUCUGGCCUCUGUUCCUUUUAAGGAAGCUGGGGCAAUAACUGGUGUUUUCUGCAAUCAAUAUAUUUCAGUAGAUGAAGACAGCAGGGAAAAAGUGGAGAAUAUGCUGUGGGCUUACUGUCAAGAUCUCUACUUGGGACAUCGACAGGUGGCUUUAUUUCUCCGUGGCAGGGAGGAUGAGUUGCUUGGGAAUAUUGAGAAAAUUGCUGAAUCUGCUUUCCUUAUGGUUGUAUUUUUUGCAUUGGCUGUUACAAAGCAUAAGCUAAAUUCAGUAGUCUCCCAAGAAACUAAGAUGGAGACAUCAGUCUCGAUUUUAGUGGCAUUCUCUUGUGUAGAGUAUUUCCGGCGUAUGCGUUUGCCUGAAUACAUGGACACAAUUCGAGUAGUUGCUGUGACAGUUCAGGAAAAUGAUUCAGCCCGUUUAUCUUUUAUCCAAUCCAUGCCCUCUUAUGUUGAUUUAACAAAUCCUCCAGACUUCCCUUACAAAGCAGAAUAUUUGUGGUCCAAGGAUGAAGUGCAAACUGCUCGCAUUUUGUUUUACCUCCGGGUUAUUCCAACUUGCAUUGAACGUUUGCCUGCCCCACUUUUUAGCAAUGUGGUUGCUCCAACUAUGUUCUUAUAUAUGGAACAUCCAAGUGGAAAAGUAUCCCAAGCAUCACAUAGGAUGUUUGCAGCAUUCAUAUCUUCAGGAAAGGACAACAAUGAAGAUGAAAGGACUUCAAUAAAGGAGAAGCUUGUUUUCCAUUACAUGCAAUUAUCUUUAGCGGGAUACCCUGGUAUUACUCCUUUUGAGGGUAUGGCCUCUGGGGUUGUGGCCUUGGUUCGACAUCUUCCUGCUGGUAGCCCGGCGACAUUUUAUUGUGUCCACAGUCUUGUUGAAAAUGCUAAUAGGCUUUGCCGUGAUUCUGCUGAAAAAACCGAUAUGUGGAAGAAUGGGCAGGGAGAGAACGACCCCUGUAAGAAAAUUCUAGAGUUUCUUAUACGGCUUAUUUUUCUGGUUGAUAUACAGGUACUGCCUAACUUGAUGAAGUUAUUGGCACAACUGAUAAUUCAGUUGCCCAAAGAUGGGCAGAACAUGGCGCUCAAUGAGUUGUAUUCUCAAGUUGCUGAAUGCGAUGAUGUAACACGCAAGCCCACAUUAGUUUCAUGGCUGCAAUCGCUAUCGUACCUUUGUUCUCAAGUGAGUGGAAGUCCAGGAUCCAAAAGAAGUGAGGAGGAUUCUGCUUCUCAGCCUAGGGAUCCAUCAAACUGGGAUGGACUAACUGCACGACUCUAAGAGUGUCAAGGGUAGGAUUUUACUUACCAGCCUGUUCUCCCCCGAACUUCUAUCAGCUUAAUAGCUGCUGGCACUGGAGGAAUGAUCCAAGUAUAGUGCAAUUUUAAAAUUAUAGAUGACUAAAAACAUCCACAUGAGAUAGUUCUCUGUUGUUGAUCGUGAUAAAAAUUAGAUAGGGUUAGUGCUGCCAAUACUUAGAGUCCAUACUUUUUUGCUCGUCUAAGAGUUGUUGCAAAAAACGCCAAAGGAAGAAAUUGCAUUCUCUGUUUCUACGUAGCAUUCAUUAUUUGCCACUUUCUGUUGUUCACUUGCUAGGGUCUAGAGAUCUGAAUUUUAUGCUUGUUAUUUUGAUGGAAAGUCAAAUUCUGUAUGAUGAAGAUUGGCAAUGACUACUUUGCUGGCUGUGACUGUUUUUAUCUGCAUAAGCUGAACAUAAAGUUCAAACGU